AUGCGUCAGUAUUUAGGUCCUUCCGCUUCCCAGCUCGUCCAUCUUCUCAUUUUGAUCAUUGUCAACACUCUAACUCUCUUCCUCGUCUCGGUUACCUUCCUUCGCACCAUCUGGGGGCUUGGGGCUAAUGUUACCACUAUCGAGAGCUGGGAAAUUGAGCGCCACGAACAGCUACUCCGUCGAGCUCGCGCUCUCGGAGGAUACUUGGACGGUCCGGACGGUAUUCGAGUCAAGAUCGUCAAACAAGAAUUUCCCUAUGACAUAGGAAUUUGGAACAAUAUCGUCCAAGGAAUGGGGACAGCAAACUUCCUAGCUUGGUUCUGGCCAUUCUCUGCAACCCCAACGUCGAGCGGCUUGGUAUUCGAAACCAACGGCUUUGAGGACCCAGGCACAACAUGGCCGCCACCAGACCCUGACCGGAUGCCCCGACUUGAACGGCCGCUUGAGUCUGUGCACAAUGCAUUUGUUCACGAUCACAAUGCGUUCUCACCAAACGAUCAGAUGGAGGCGUUCAAACGGCGACAGCAGGCUGACUUCGAACUACGCCCGGAUUAUUACGGGGUUCAGAGACGGAAACCAUUUCACGACCGGUUCGAAGAGGAGAAUCUCGAGCCAGUGGAAGACGACUAUAUUGAUCUGGAUAAUGACGAGUCUUUGAGUGGAGAGGAAGGGUGGCAAGACUCUGGAGGAAACCGACUGAAAGAUUAUGGCGUCGACGAAGAUGUUGAGUUCUACGACGAAGACAGUGUUCCCAUUGCAGAGCUGUUGAGCCGGCGGAGAGAAGGGCGGCAAGGCCAGACCUGA